CCAGGGGGACCCAGGAAGCCGGAAAGGGACUCAGUGGCCUUUGAAGAUGUGACUGUGACCUUCACCCUGGAGGAAUGGGUUUUACUGAAUCCUUCACAGAAGAAACUUUACAGAGAUGUGAUGAGGGAAACAUUUAGGAACCUGACCUCAGUAGGAAAAAAAUGGGAAAGUCCUGACAUUGGAGAUGAGUAUAAAAACCAAGGGAGAAAACUAAGUUUUUACAGAAGUCAUAUGAUAGGUGGAGAAAACUUCAGCCUUAUUCCAAGUCUCUGUCUGAACAAGACAACUCUUUGUGGAGUACAACCAUGGGAAUACAUAGUGUGUGGGAAAGUCUUCAUGCAGCAGUCAUCUCAUAAUAGGCACAUCAGAUGUCAUAAUGGACACAAGUCAUAUGAGUAUCUGACCUAUGAAGAGAAGCUGUAUAAAUGUAAGGUAUGUGGGAAAGCCUUCGUUAUUCAGCUUCACUUCAAGUACAUGAAAGAAUUCACACUGGACAGGAACCCUAUCAUUGUAAACAAUGUGGAAAAGCCUAUAGAUAUCAUGAAACUCUUUUUUUUUUUUCUUUAAAACAUAUCUUUAUUGAUUUCAGA